AUGGAGGAGCUGGAACACACAACAACAAUCGAAAGCUUGAGUCCUGAAUGGUCUGGGGAAAAGGAUAUAUAGUGUCUUUGAUCCAUUACCCACAGUAGAUGGCGGUAAUGCUCUUUUAAGAAUGCGAGCCGCCAAAUAAGCUCGAAGAAGAAGAAGAACAGGAUGUAGAACGAGAAAAAGAAGAAAAGACUUGCGCCAACGGAAAUGUUUUAGGUUUUGAAUGAAAGAACCGCGUAAAGAGAGCACGGCCUGAUAUUCAAUAGUUGUAUUUAUUUCUGCGGUUCUAAGUCUUUAUUCGCCAUAAAGAUGUCUUGCAGAAGAGGAGCAUUGAUUGUGUUGGAAGGCGUAGACAGAGCCGGGAAAACCACACAGUGUCACAAACUUGUGCAGGAGUUACAGCAGAGUGGACGAGCAACAGAAAUGAUGCGAUUCCCUGACAGAACGACGGUGAUUGGUCAACUCAUCAGUUCAUAUUUGGAGAAGAAGAGUAAUCUGGAGGAUCACACUGUACAUCUGCUCUUUUCAGCAAACCGAUGGGAAAUGGUACCUCUGAUGAAACAGAAGUUGGAACAGGGAAUUAAUCUAGUGGUGGACCGUUAUGCAUUUUCAGGAGUGGCUUUCACUAGUGCCAAGCCUGGCUUUUCUAUAGAUUGGUGCAAGAAUCCAGAUGUUGGAUUGCCAAAGCCAGACCUGGUGAUGUUUCUGCAGCUUAAUCCUAGUGUGGCAGAAAACCGUGGGGAGUUUGGAUCUGAACGGUAUGAAACAAGCCAUUUCCAAAACACAGUUCAUCAAAGGUUUGAAGAGCUAAUGGAAGAUACCUCUGUAAACUGGAAGGUGAUUGAUGCAGCAAGAACCAUUGAAGAAGUGCACAAAGAUAUUAAGCUUUUAAGUGAGAAUAUUAUCAGCUUAUCAGAGAAUAAGCCAAUCGGAACUCUGUGGAGGUGAACAGCUCCUCCAAAUCAGCUAGCUUAAAUGAGCAAUGUUUUUUUUAUAUUUGACUGUGCUGCAUAAUUAAAGGAAUAGUCUACUCAUUUUCAAUAUUAAAAUAUGUUAUUACCUUAACUAAGAAUUGUUG